UGUCGACCCUCAGAAACGCAUGAAGUUUAGUGAUGUGGUUCAGACAAUCAAUAAGAGAGCUCCUGAGUGGAGAGCAAAGGCUCCUGUCUGUCCCUCCACAGAGAAGAAGAAGAAGGCUGAGAAGACGCGUAAGGUGGUUACAAGGUCACCCAAGCGUUUAAGAGUUGAUAGUGCGUCAGACAAAUCAGCUGGUGAUGAAGACUUCGAUCUUAGUGAUACUGGCGUUUUCCCUUUGCCACCUGUAACUCCAAACAAAGCACCAUCUUCUGGGAAGAGCCCAUCAAGUUGCGAAGUUUGGGCACCUGGUCCAAUUGGUCCCUCUCUUUCCACUGAACCCAACCACAGCAAUCAAUGGAACCAGGAGUACUACUCAUCUUGGCAGGCCUGGCAAUCAUGGAACUGGCAGCAGCAACAGCAGCAGCCACAACAGCAGCAGCUAAGUAGUAAUGACUACCCUACUUACCAAAAUUUACCUUGAUUCUUUCUCAGUAUUCAUACAUUCAGUGCAUAAAUACUGAUAUUGUUCUGUACACAUUCUAAUCGAAUUAUGCAGUGUUAGUACUCAUAACAUGUUUAUGAUUACCAAAUACUUAAAUGAAUGUGUUUUAAGUCUUUAUGAUGUAGUUCCUUACUUCUCAUUGUAUUAUGAGUAGUACUUGACUUGGGUUUCUUACUGAUCUCUGAACAAACUUUUAUUCUUUUAAUGAUUAUGCAUUGCAUUGGCAGUCUUUCUGUAGUAUUUGAAUAUAGUAAUUCUAGUAACUGAGGGUGAUAGUAAAAUAGGAUAAGAAAUGAUCUCAUAACAACAAAUGGUUUU